AUGGCCUGCUGCCUCUCCGGAAAGUCCCCGACACCUCUGGAGAUCUAUGCCCGAUCGCUGCCCAAAGAUGCGGACGCGACCCCGAUCUUCUUCCCCAUGUACGCCGUGGCCACGGAUGUUCUGCUGAAGAUGACGAGGAUCGAGCCGCAUGAGAAGUUGAAGGCGGACGGCAGGCUCGUCCUCUUCAGCGACGACAUGGGCAGGGCAGUGUUUGUUUCACACCAGUGGCUGGCCAAGCGCCACCCAGAUCCUGACUUCAAGCAGAUGCGCACGUUGCAGGAUGCCUUGAGGCGGCUUCUGAGCAGCCACGGGUUUGUUUCACUGGACGUCGUUACCGAAAGCCUGGUUUCCGCUGCCAGCCCUUUUCCCAUGCAAGAGCUUCAAGAAGAAGCCUUGUUCUUUUGGUACGACUUCUUCUCGUGCCCACAGCUGGAACCGACCUUCAGUGCCGAACAAGACGGAGGCCAGGCCAACGCCAUCAAAAGCAUCCCAGCCUACAUAGCCAGGUGCCACUUCUUUUUUGCACUUUGCCCGGUCCUGGAUUGCCCCUUCGAGGGAAAGGUUCUAUCUGCGGCGGGCUGGAGUAGGAGAGGCUGGUGUCGCGCGGAAAGAGCCGCGCGCGAGCUGUCGCCAAGCAGUUCCUGGAUUCUGAUUCAGAGCGACACUUGCAUGGAGGUCGUUGGUACCGCCGGAUCCUUUCCGAGUGGCUCUGUCGGGGAAGGUGAUUUCGAGAUCGCAGAAGAUCGCCAAAAGCUCGCCCCGGUAAUGAAGCAGAUGCUGGUGCAGAAGUUGAACCACUGCCUACGCGUGGGUGACCUGCCCGGGUUCCGGCGCCACUUCAACCUACAAGCCGUUCACCUGCGUGGGCUGGACAUCGAACCGGUGUCUGGCCUGCUUCCCUGUGGCCCACAGUGCAGGGUGGCAGAGUUCUUGUACCAGAACGGCUUGCGGAGGGUUGGUGAGGCCGACAGUGCAGGGUGGCGGCCGCUGCACUAUGCAGCCUUGGCUGGGGACACCGAGGUGCUGAGGGGUCUGUUGGAGCGGCGCUCCGAUGUCAACUGGCGCACGUUCAAGGAGGAGCCGACGUUGGGCAUUCCACCCUUGACGUCCGUGCUUGACAUCGCCAGUUUCUAUAAGCAUCAUGAGGCCACGCGCUUUCUGCUUGAGGCGAGGGCCGAGCUGGAGCGUGGAUUCACUGCGUCGGCCGUCCAGUGCGCAGCCAUGUCUGACAAUGCAAGGAGCCUAAACCCUAAACCCUAA